UGAAACAUGGCGGCUGUUGUCUAAAGUUAUACAGUUAGAUAGAGUGAAUUCAGAAAAUGAGCAUCCCAUAAAUGUUUACUUAAUAAUCUCUUACAUGUAAGAAUAAAUGUUUUCUGUAAACAUGAUCGAGUUCGUGGCGAGCUCUCGUGUUUCAGCUGCUCGGUCGGUUGUUAUGGAGAUGCGUCACGCAGCUCUGUUGUCAGUCACCGUUAGGAUCCAACAAGGACGUUUACUGUUUUCUGCGCGAGGACAAACACAGCGCGUGAAGGAUUAUCUCACAGGCUAACAUUAACAUCUGUAAAUUCUUCUCAAGAAAUCUGUGAUCAUCUCAGCAUGGAGCACAAUACUUAUGAAGCCUCGUGUUCAUGGGAUAUGAGAGACAAGUGCACCGAGGAUAUUGGCCCGUUGGUCUCCAGAGAAACUCAGACUCAAAACAUGGGACUCGCCUAUUGAAGAGGGUGCAGAAGGAUCCUGGUGUAUAUGAAAGCUCAAUGAAGUGGCUGGAGUCGAGCAGUCUGGAGAACUGUGGACUCACUCUCUCACACCUCCUCUCACUUUGCACCACGACACAUAUGCCUGAUGGUGGAUAUCAGAUGCACAUCAGCACAGAAUCACUCGCUGACUUUGAGGAACAGCUUUACAUGGCUAUUGAGAUGUACCAUGAUCAAAUAAAGUGUCUCACUCAAGGAAGCAAAAAGGUGUUCGGAGUGGUGAAUGGAUCUCGACUUGGAAUACUUGUUGACACAUCUGAUUUAAACUGUUCUGAAGAGAGACUACCAGAUCUACAGCAACAUCUCUUAAUGCUCAUUGAGGAGCAGCUACACUUAAAGAAACAACUGCAUCUGCUGUCUUACAGCACAGAGAUCAGCAGCCUUUGGAACAAACCAGUAGAGACCUGUCCGCCGAGGCUCCGAGAGAGUCGUGCGUGGGUACUGCAGCUGCAGGCGGGUGGAGGCUGUGAUCUCCUGCAGGCUGUGCAGAAAGUACUGAUCCACUCACAGCUGGACACACUACUCAUCAUCCUGGCCACUCGCCCUGAUCAGACGGUAGACAUGAUAUGUGAUUAUAUAGCUCAGAGCAGAAUGCCGUCUGUUCACGCUGUCGCCUACAACUGCAGUAGCCCGGACGCUAUCGAGACUGUGAAGCGAAUGGCAGCAGUUACUGGGGGGAAAUAUCAUUUAUUCUCUGCCGCUCUGGGUGUAAUAGACAGCAGUACAGAUGUGGAGAUGCUCUGGACAGAGAUCAAAACUGCCCGAGAUAUACUUACCCAUAUUCACAGCAUGCGUCAGGGUCGAUUCCAAGGCAUACCGGUCACUGUACAGUCAGAGAUCUUCAUGAGUUUGAACAGUCUCACUCUUUCUGAGUCCUCUCCUGUUCCAUGUUCUGUCAGUGCACUGCUGUAUAUCCAACUCACAGACCCUAAAGCCAUCAGCUCUAGAGAAUGGCUAAAUAUAAAUGGACUGAAGGCUCAGAAGCUGGACCUGUAUCAGCUGCUGGCUUCUAAUGCCUAUUCUCCACAAAGGACAUUUGUGCCAAUCCUAGGAAAGACUGUUUCUUCUACAGUUCAUGAGCGGGUCAUGGUGCAGUUUGAGUGGUGGGAUGGAACAGUGAAGAAUUUGCAUGUUGAUCUUCCAUCAUUACAAAAGUACCAGACGAAGCUCAGUACUGCUGUUCGUCUGUUUGAGAAGAGAGUUUAUUAUCUGAAUAGGACAGGCAGCUUGCAGAUAUGGGGGACUGUAUGUGAACAGAGGGUGCAGGUUCUUCUGGACAUGUCUGGGUUGAGUGUCCACUAUCAGCUCCACAUCCAGCAUGCUCUCCGGCUCCUGCUACAGGAACAGCUUGCUAAUAAACACAGCUUCAAUGUCACUGUUUUUGGAUCAGAUGUUAAGUCAUGGCAAGAGAAGAUGGUUCCCACCACUCAUGAAAACCUGCAAGCUGUUUGGCAAUGGAUUCAGGGAAUGGAGUGUGCCGGGGGUCGUAAUACUCAGACUGCUCUGCGGCAUGUUCUAAGAGAGGAACCAUAUGGAGAAUUCACAAUGACUCAAGGAGUUUAUUUACUCACCACUGGAAUGCCAGAUCAAGAUAUGGUAGCUAUCACUGCUUAUGUGUCUGAGCACUGCCGCACUGCAAACUUCAAUCUCCAUGUGUGUCUCUUCACCGGAGAGGAAAAAACUCUCUGUUGCCCUCCGUCCUCUUACUCUACCCAAACUGACACUGCCCGGGCUCUGCGUGACCUGGCACAUGCUGGCAACGGGCGCUUUCUUUGGUUGACUGAGACAGGUAUUGUGGAGAGUGAUGACAUCCAGGUCCUUAUCGAAGAAAUGGAGAUGGCUGCUAAUUAUUGUCAGAAGUGUUCUGAGUUAGUGGACUGUCUGAUGCAGAAGAGCUCCCGUAGAGGAUCAGGAAAGAGCCGCUUUCAGGAGACGAGCACCCUGUCCAUCAAACCCAAGAUCUCGACCCGCAGCGCAAAACUAUCUCCUCCUAGACCCACAAAACUCAGUGUUGCCAGACUGGAGAACAGGCAGAAGAUCAGGUCAGCGCAGAAUAGACUGACGUGGAGGCCGAGCAGUUCUAAAGCUGAUAUCCCAGCAGUCCAUUUGGCUGAUAGCAGCAUGCCAUCAACCCCAUCAAGUUCUGCCCAUCAGAGGAGAAGCAAAGUAUCUCAGUCGGUCUUCUACAUGGAAGAUGGCAACUUAGGUGUUGUCUUCAAGAAAUAUCCAAAACCAAAAAGUGUCCGAAGAUCUAUCGCAGCCAUUAAACUGCCAAAACAUGAAGAGCUCUGUUCAACUAAACAGUGGCUGAAAAGAUUUGGUUUCAAGAAUCUGAAGCUGGACCUUGAGAAAAUGCUGUCUAGACCUGAAUGCUCUCAUCCUGACAAUCUGGUGCCAUCUGUCCAAAAGAGAGUGUCUGCUAAAUACUGUGCCAUUUUCCCCAGCGUCCAAAUAAACGGGAUUGUGAAACAUUUGCAUCUAACUCCAGCUGAGUUAAAACAGUAUCUGUCAGAGACUGAGAAACUGAUGCAGCGCUACACUCAGAGAAUGAAGUGGUUACUGACAGGCAGCAGGUGUAUGUUUGGAGCAGUGCUGGAGAAGACCGUUUGUGUUCUCCUGGAUGUGUCUGGAUCUAUGGCCUCCUUUCUUCCUGAGCUCCAGAAAGGACUGGCUUUGCUGAUCUGGGACCAGCUGCAUGCAAACAGCGUGAGGUUUAAUAUGUUGGUGUUCUCUGGUGAGGUGCGUCUGUGGCAGUCCGGACUGGUUCAGUCGACUACGGAUCUGUGUAAGGAUGCUGUACAGUGGUUGAAUCAGCUCAGUACACACGGAGGAUCCUGCACCCUUCAAGCACUGCAGACUGGGUGUGGUUUUGAAGAUCCUGUGGCUCUGUAUCUGAUCAGUGAUGGAAGGUCAGACUCCAGCCAUAGUCUGAUACUGAGAGAGAUAGACACAAUGAGACAAGAGAAAAGCCUCACUAUUCACACCAUCGCAGUCAACUCUCAUGACAGAGCAUGCUGUGAAUUCCUAAAGUGCCUGGCCCAUAGAACAGCCGGUCGGUUCCAUCAGGCUCCAGACAACACAGAUGCUGAUAUUCUCAAACAUCUGUCAGCUCUGCACUCCAAAGAUUCAGUACUUCCAAAAUGUGAAGGAGAUGAUCUAAGGAGACUAGCCGUGGAGAUUGAAAAGCUGACGUUUUUCCAGAAACAAGCCAAAACUUUCAGGGAAACUAUUGUGGCGUGUAGAAACCUGGAGGAUUCAUAAGCACCGAUCUCCUGUUCUGUUCAGUUCACUACAACUUUAACUAUACUAUCAAAGGCUUGAAGAACUUUUAAUAAAUGAAAUAAAUUCUUUGAUGGGCUUUUCUCAUAGACAAACCAGAUCUGGUCAUAUUAAAGGUAUAUACACUUCAAUUAACAAAGGUUCUAUAAUUCUGAUAUCUUAAUUAUUUUUAUUUUAUAUCAGUAAUCUACCAUUUGAAAUAAAACGUUUGCUUUCAUAUUUCA